AUGAUUGGUUAUAACCCUGUGUCGGGUCGAGAGCCGGGCGUGAGUUGGCGUAAUGUGACGGCCGGUGCGGUCAGCGGGUGUUGCACUCGGUUUGUGACCCAACCCUUUGAUGUCAUUAAGAUUAGACUUCAGCUCCAGAGAGAGCCCAUCCAUCGCAAGAGUCUCACCUCUAAGUACCGGACAAUACCGCAGACCAUACGCACGAUCGUCGCCGAAGAGGGUCUGUCGUGCCUUUGGAGGGCUCACCUCUGCGCCCAACUUUUGUCCGUCGUUUACGGCACGAUUCAGUUCUCGACGUUUGAAUUGUACACUCAAUUGGCCAACAGAUCCCCACUCGUCGACAGCGAACGGUAUCCAGAGUUUGCCCGAAGGUAUCAGCCAUUCGUACACUUUGGCUGCGGAUCGCUGUCGGGACUGACGGCCACUCUAGUCGCUCAUCCCAUUGAUGUGAUUCGGACCCGAAUUAUAGCUCAAUCGGAGCCCAAGACAUAUACGUCCACUCGUCACGCCUUCCGGACAAUCGUACGGACAGAGGGCUAUCGGGCGCUGUUCAGGGGUCUGACGCCGACUCUCCUCCAAAUCGCACCCUUGACUGGCAUUCAGUUCACUGUCUAUAACUUAACGAAUCGAGUUUGGGAUCAAUUCAUUGAACGAAACAAACAAAAGUGGAUGAGAUUAUCAGAAGACGGCAAAAGCCAAUCAGUGAAACGAUUGCUUCACUUCGAGAAGACACUGAUUUGCGGCGCUAUCGCCGGCUUUGCCUCAAAGUUAACGGUCUAUCCGUUGGACUUAAUUAAGAAACGCCUUCAGGUCGAGGGCUUCCAGAAGGCGAGACAGGGUUUCGGCGCCCAAACCUCAUACAAGGGUGUCAUUGACUGUAUCGUCAAAAUCGUACGACAAGAGAGUGUAUUAGCCUUUUAUAAGGGACUGACGCCCAGCCUUAUGAAAGCGGCCGCCACUACGGCUCUAAACUUCUCUCUCUAUGAAAAUGUCUACAAAUAUCUCAGUUCCCAAUGA